AUGUCGGAGCAACUGGUCGCAUUUUUCAUCACAUUCACUAUAAUGUUUGGUGGAAUAAUACUCAAUUUGUUCGUGUUGGCAGCGGCUCGGAACAUGAGCUCGAUGAAUGGCUCUUUUGGAAUUAUCACUAAAAACCAUGCGAUUUGCAAUUUGACAAUGUGCCUAUUGUAUGUGCUAGUAGUGUGUCCAAUGCAGUUGUCAAACAUCCCAAUUCUUAUCACAAAUUCAAGAUACAUCGGCCUUGCCUCUAUUAUAUUACACGAAUGCUCAAAUAUGCUCAGCCUCCUGAUGGCUCUCAACCGUUUUUUCGCAGUAUUCUGGUACCUUCGAUACAAUCGAAUUUUCUCGAAUUCCAACACGACCUUCAUGAAAAAUUUUGGCGGACUAGUUUUCGCUGUGAUUUAUUACAUUUUAUACGACUAUCUUGGCUGCUUCUUUUACUAUGAGAAAAGUAGUUACACGUUCUGGCUUGUGGACACUCCACUGUGUUAUAGUGUGUCCUGGUACUCGGAUAUUUUAUUCAACAAUUCGCUAGUAGUAUUCACGCUUGCAAUUAAUUUGAUAACGGUCUACAAAGCAGGAAAAAGCAAUCGAAACUUGCUCCAAGCCGCCGGAGCACAAAUGACAAAGAGGAACCGGCAGAGAGAAUUGGGUUUUAUAAAGCAAUCGUUUGCUCAGGGAGCCGUGAUAUUUGGAGGGCAAUGCGUUUAUUACGUGGGCGCGGUUUUUGUGACCAAUUCGGUUUUGUUGUUUUUUAUAACGAGUCUAUGGGUUUUUGUCCACGCAAUUCAAGGAGGCUUCAUGUUAAUUUCGAAUCAGGAAAUGCGAUCUGCAAUGAGCAAAAAGCAAAAUUCUAUCGCUUCACCAUUUGUUGUCACUGUCUGA